GGCUAUGAGGUGUUGUCAGAGGUGGAAGUUUUCUUGGAGCAUCAGCAAGCUCUUGGAAAGACCUACUGGAACAUUUUCUCACAUGUGGAAUUUUUAGAUUACUAGAGACGUCGUGAUACAGCAUCCAAGCAACGAAUUAAGCUUCUCUAAGAGUUCCUGUGCCCUUAGAAUGACUUAGGGUGAGAAUUUAAAAUCCUAGAGAUAGGUGAGAGUCGAGAAUGCUUCCGAGGAUUCAUUCAGGGUCUUCAGUAGUUCCUGAAUACAGGGUGUUGGCCAGUAAGCAAAGAACGUGAGAGUGGCAGAAAUUGUGGUCACUAGCAAAUAUCCAGUCUCUCCUUCCUGAGUUACCGAUCUGCAGUUUUAUUCAGAGUGAUGGUGUGCCUCGAGUCAUGGUAAAGGACAGGAAGCAGAAAUCUGUGGGACUUCUGGGCAGUUUUGCGAAGGCAGGAACCUGAGUCCCCUGGAAAUCGGUGCUUUUCCUCACCUGCCCUUCCUACUUCCUCCCCCUUUGCAUGGAGACAUUAUGGCCAACGGACGCCAGCCGGCUUUUCUCGGAAGAGGCUCUUGAGAAUGGAAGCCACAUGCUACCAGCGACACAGAGGAGCCUGGUGGCCUGGUGUGCGCACACGACCUCCAGUUCCUUCUCCGCUCCUAGCCACCAGAGUCACCCGAAGUAGAGCUCCCACCACGUCCCCGUCGUGCUCAAGGUGUCCCUGUCCUGCCCCAGACUCUGCGCGCGCCUGCACGGCCGGCCUGGUGCUGCUCCCACGGCCGGGCCUUUCCGACCACAGUUUACGUGAAACACAAGAACUCCCGACGCUCCGCAGGCUGGUGACCGAGGCAGGGGACAGCUUCCGUGACCCACAUGGCCCGCGUGUUCGUGUACGGGACCCUGAAGAGAGGCCAGCCCAACCAUGGGGUCCUGCAGGACCGCGCCAACGGCUGCGCCGCCUUCCGCGGCAGGGGCCGCACGCUGGAGCCCUACCCCUUGGUCAUCGCCGGCGAGCAUAACAUCCCGUGGCUGCUCAACCUCCCAGGGCAGGGGCAGCGUGUGCUCGGCGAGAUCUAUGCGGUGGACGAGCGGAUGCUGAGCUUCCUCGAUGAGUUCGAGGGCUGCCCCAACAUGUACCAGCGCACCCCGCUGCGGAUCACCGUCCUCGAGUGGGAAGGCGCGCGUGGGGCCCCCGAGGAGACGCCGGCCGCUGACGGGACCCUGCAGUGCUUCGUGUACAGCACAGUCACCUACGCCCCCGAGUGGGUCCACCUCCCGCACCACGACGAUUACGACUCCCAGGGGGGGCACGGCCUCCGCUAUAAUCCACGGGAGAACAGAUGACAAGUGCCAAGAUGGCUCCUCCACCGGGUUGGGGGGGUUCGGGGGACAGAGCCCCAGUGAUGAGAGGAUGCCCUUGGCCUGGUCUGCGUGCACUGGGUGCACUCAGUGUCCGUGGAAACAGAGUUGUAAAACUCAGUCCGGGAGAAGGACUCUUUCAGUUGCAGCUGAUUCCCCCAGUAUUUGACACACUGAUCCCAAGAUUAUGCCUGAAGCCUGUCUAUCCUAUAGCGCUUUGUUGCUCGCUGCUUCAAGAAAGCCAGGGACUUGAAUCGAUGGGAUAAGGAAAAUUCAGGAUCUUAAUUCCCCUAAAUGACAUUUCAAGAACUCAUAUGUCAAAUUUUUCUUUCGUUUGCUUUGCUUUGCUUUGAUCUGAAGAUAACAUUUAAAUUGUAGACUUUGUGUAGCAGCUAGAUUUCAGCAACCCUACUGCAUUGAUUCUAACUUGUAGCAGCAAGAAGAGUUUUUUAAACUGAUUUGGGUUAUCUCACUGUAAUAAAAGAACCUCAAGAAAAACA